AUGUAUCCAAAGCUCGUUGCUCUCGACACUGAUUGGACCAUCUUCUGGGGUUGGCUCAGGUCGAACGAAUGGGGGAAGGGACCCUGCGCCUCAAGGACAAUCGAAGACAACAUAAUCAAGGUCAACUACUGGGAGAUCCAGGACAAAACUAACCCUAAUCACAAGUGCGGCAUGUUCGAGGACAUUCCGCGUAUCAUCAAGGACAUCAAGAAGAAUGGCGCGAAGCUUGCCAUUGUUUCUCGCAACACGAGUAAAGCAUUGUGCGAUCGCGCGUUAUGGCAUUGGCAAGUGGAGGACGAGCACGGCAAGAUGAAAUCAAUUAUCGACCUCGUUGAAUUCGACGAAGUUUACAACUCGGACAAGAUAAACCACUUCCGAAAGAUCAAGGGCUGGACGAACUUCGAGUACUCAGAUAUGAUUCUGUUCGACGAUGAGGCUUUCAACAACACGGUUGAGAUGAUGCUCGGCGUUACUUUCCAGGUUUCAAGGGAUUCGAAGGGCCUUACAUGGGACAACUACCAAGCUGGACUAGCAAUGUGGCGCCGCAACAAGAGUAUCCAUAGCCCAUGGCAUGGACUUGAUCUUGCGAAGUACCCCAAGAGGAAGCUCCUUGGAUACUCCGGAAUGGAUCUUGAUACUAUAAGGUUACUUGAGAAGGGAGGGAGACGACACGACCGAAAGGAAGCUGCGCGAUGGGGAUUCGCGGUGUAUGUCGCAGAUGACCCGGCGGUCGCAGAGUAUUUCUCUGAGUGGAUCAAACGCACUGCUUUCGGGGCAGCAGCUCAGACUAUCGUCUGUGCCAUAUAUGCCAGAGACGGAGAUGUCUGGGAUCGCAUGAACAAGAUCUGGAUGCCAGACUGGCAGGAUCGUUGGACAAACGUCCAGGCCAAUGAAUUCGACCUCGGCUGGAGCCAAGAAGACCGCGACCGUAUUAUUGCGGGUUGGGGCGUACAAAAGCCAUACGUCCUCUUCGCGCGGCACCCGAACAUGGGGACGAAUGCCGGUCUCCGGUUUCCCAUUCCCGGCAACCAGCGGUUCAACGAGCUGGUCAUCUACCCGCAGGUGCAGGAGAACUUGAUUGUCAUUCAACAGAUGUCCAAUCAGGAGCUCCGUGAUGCGAUCAGGAACCAGAGCCAGCGCUACCCGCGUCUUCACUACGAACAGCUGUUCCGCUCCUGGAACAUCACGGUACCAAGGGAAGCUCGCGAGGAUUUUGCGCGGCACGGCGAGCGUUUCGCGUGA